UAUGUGAUCGCGAUAAGCUUAAUCUCAGGUGGCUUGAAGUGCAGAGACUUGCACGCGUACCUGAAAACCCUUUCGCCGGCUACUCUGGACAACCUCUACACUCAUCCAGCAACUUGUUUGGCGGUCUUUCGAGAGCUGCCAAGCAUAUCAGGUCAUUAUAUUAUGCGAUUGCUGUUCGUUGAACAGCCUGUUCCCACUGUGGUGUCAUCUUGGAAUGAACAAAAAUACGUCAAGGACCAUUUAAAAGCACUUGAGGCACUCACUGCACUACACAUUUGGACAGAUUCCAGCCUUCCUGGUGGACUUCCAGGCUGGUCGCUGAGUGCAGUGUUUAGGAAGCACAUUCAGAUAGCACUUCUUGGAGGUGGAAAACAAUGGGCUGUCUACAAUGCUCUUGAAAAGGACAAGCACGGAAGAGAUGCUGCAUUUCUAGACCAAUAUGCUGCUGAGCGAUGGGAGUGUGUCCUUCAUUUCAUGGUGGGUUGUCAUACAACAGAGGGCAUAAGCGUAGAUGCUGUCCGAACACUGCUCCAUGCUGGACUCAUGAAAUCGGAGUCUGAGGCUGAAGGCAGCUCACCAUUGAUAACUAUGGAGGGCUUCCAGUUCUUACUGAUGGACACAGCUUCUCAAGUGUGGCAUUUUGUGCUUCAGUACUUGGACACUCUGGAGUCGAGAGGCCUGAACCUGGUGGAAUGUCUAACGUUCCUUUUCCAACUUAGUUUCCUCACUCUUGGGAAGGAUUACAGCACUGAAGGCAUGUCAGAAUCUCUGCUAGUUUUCCUGCAGCAUCUGAGGGAGUUCGGACUUGUUUAUCAAAGAAAGCGGAGGUCAGGUCGUUUCUACCCAACUCGGCUUGCCAUCAACCUGGCAUCUGGACUGAAGGAGACUACCCUGCGCAGCUUUGAGGCAGGUUACAUAAUGGUUGAGACCAACUACAGGGUGUAUGCCUACACAAAUUCUCCACUCCAGGUAGCCCUGCUAGCACUGUUUUGUGAGCUGUUGUACAGGUUUCCAAACCUUGUUGUUGCCAGACUAACAAGAGAGAGUGUCCGGCAAGCACUUCGUAGUGGCAUUACAUCAAAUCAGAUCAUCAAGUUUCUUCGAAUGUAUGCACACCCUGAGGCCCUGAAAUCCCCUGCAACAAUCAUGGAUCAGCUUCGGCUCUGGGAAAUGGAGAGAGAUCGAUUUGUGUUUCGUGAGGGAGUUCUGUACAGUCAGUUCAUCUCACAAACCGACUUUCAACUCCUCAGGAACUAUGCCUCGGAGCUGGGUGUGCUUAUAUGGGAUAAUCCUAGUAAGCGGGUCAUGGUUGUGAACCGCAAUGGCCACGAUGAAGUAAAAAAGUUUUGGAAACGGCACAGACAAGACCACUGAUCCUAUCACAUUCUUUGUAAUUUGACCAAUAAAGAGUACAGCGGCACAAAGCCUGCA